CUUGGUUUCACAAAAAUUUGUGACCCUGCUCCACAUCCUGGUGUCACGUGACACACCCCAACUGGGGAAAAAAAACGCAUGACGUCACACAAGCUAACCACGGAAGUGGCAGUUGAGUUACUGUGAAGCUACUGACAGAUCCACCAGUGAUGCUCGGCGGAGGCUUCAAAUCGGAGAGGUUAAGAGUCAACCUCCGGCUUGUCAUCAACCGACUCAAACAUCUUGAGAACAAGAAAACUGAGCUUGCUCAAAAGGCUCGCAAGGAGAUUGCAGAUUACCUGUCAUCGGGAAAAGAUGAGCGGGCGCGGAUCCGUGUGGAGCACAUCAUCAGGGAGGACUAUUUGGUUGAAGCCAUGGAGAUCCUGGAGCUUUACUGUGACUUGCUGCUUACACGCUUUGGCCUCAUUCAAUCAAUGAAGGAGCUGGAUCCGGGCUUGCAGGAGGCGGUGUCCACCCUUAUCUGGGCAGCUCAUCGCCUCCAGUCAGAGGUGGCAGAAUUAAAGAUUGUAUCAGACCAGCUAUGUGCAAAAUAUAGCAAGGAGUAUGGCAAGCUGUGCAGGUCAAACCAAAUUGGAACAGUUAAUGAAAGACUGAUGCACAAGCUGAGUGUGGAGGCCCCUCCCAAGAUCUUGGUAGAGCGCUACCUGAUUGAGAUAGCCAAGAACUAUAAUGUGCCGUAUGAACCCGAUGCCAUGGUCCGGCCUGAGGUGAAUCAUGGGGAAGAAGCUGACCUGAUUGAUGUGAACAAUUACAAGAAGUCUGGAGGAGGAGGAGGAGGAGGUUUUACUGCUCCUGCCAUGCCCAUGCCUAUGUCUGUACCUUUCAACUACCCACCUCCCAAAGGAGCAGAACCACCCAAUCCACCCAUUGGAUUCAGCUUAACGCAACCCAUGGGAGGAGGGCAGCCCCCUCAGCUGCCCACUUCUCCCCCCACAUACGAGUCUAUUGAUGACCUAACACACAGAAACGUUCUUCCUUUCCAGGCCACAGGUCCUUCACCACAAAUAUUUGACAACAACGCUCUCCCGGAGCUUCCUUCUGUGCCGGACACGCUCCCGUCAUCCUCCUUGGGCGGGAAAACCACAACUUCGGACGACAUCGACUUUGAUGAUCUGACAAGACGCUUUGAAGAGCUGAAGAAGAAGACCUAAGAGUUAUGUUCUUUAUCAUUGAGUUUAGAAAAAAAACAUGCUCAUAGCUCAAAAUUGACUAAAUAUAACAUAUAACAUGAUACAUUUAAUCUUAGCUCAUAUAGAAUAUUUUGCACUGAGGCUAUGAUAGCGCACUCAGGUUUCUAAUCAGCUAGACCAGUAUAUAUUUUACUUCCUAGAGUUAUUUACAUGUAAUUAUUCCUGUUUCAUAUUGCCUAGCCUCACUAUUUUAACAGCCACCUUUUGACGGUUCGACUUAUGUAUUUAUGUUUCAAAUAACAGACAAGCCUUGGUUAUUUGCACGGGAUGUUACUGUCAAUGGACCAUGUUUGCCUAGUUGUUCAUCUCUCACCAGAGGCCUUGCAAGUCUGUAGAUGGACAGCGCGUCAUGCAUUUGCUGGCCGUCAAGACUGAAUACAAAUCCAAUUUUCUACAGUUUAUGCAUCACUUUAUUUACUGUACCCGUGAACAAUUUGGUGAUGUUUGUUUGCUUGUGAGAAUAUAUCUAUGUUCCUGUCAUGUACAGUACAUGUGUCCUCUAGCCCAAUGUUACCCAACCUUGAUGGAUCCAAUGCACAUCAUCUACAUUGGAAAUCUCAUGCAUACCACCAAACUAAAAUAUCACAAAGUAAUAGGUACCUUCUGCCAUCUAAUAGAAGAGCAUCAUUGUUUUGCCUGUCACUACAUGUUGCUAGUAUAGAUAGGUGGAAACAAUAAUUUGAGAUGUUUGGACAAAUGUAAGUUCAUUUGGAUCAUUUUUAAUUUCAAGGCACACAAAUGUGCCACAAUAAAGUGGUUGGGAUUCACUUCUUGAACUAAGCCACUCAUUUUAGCUUGCACGGCUACUAAUUCUUGGGGAAAAUGUCACAAGGAUAAUAACCUGAGCGAAAAUGCUUCCCUCACUUGCUUUCUGUAUUGGACCAUUGAAUGUGUCCUUACUUAAUUAAAGUCUAUUUGGAAUUGCAAAA